AAUAACAGAUUUUUUAAUUCAUAGGUUAGAAAUAACCACCAACGUAUCAUAUCUUUAGCGAUUCGACUUUAUAUAUUUCGAUGAUAGCUCGCAUAAUAACAAGAAACAUGUCUCAGAAUAUCGUCAGUAAAAUAAUAAGCAAUGCUGAAACAACUGAAAAGAGACUAGCGGAAUUGAGAAGCAAGCUAAAUGAAAUUAAAAAAGUAAAAGUAGAAGAAAAAGUUCAACAGCUGACUGAAGAAAACAAAGUUUUAGCUGCGAAAGUAGAAGCUGCUAAGGAUGAAUUAAUAAGGUUAGAAACCUUGCACGGCAAAAAACAGUACCCAAUACCCGGAACAAAGGCCACAGUAACUCCUCAAGUUACAGGUGACAUACAAAAUGUUACAGGUGACACACAAAACGUAACAGUAAAAACUGAGAAGCCAGCAAAAAAAAUAAAAGAUACAUCAAAAAAAAUCAAGGAGAAACCUGAACCUGCAAAUGAUUCUGUAGUAGAUGUUAGGAAGUUGGAUUUGAGAAUUGGUAAGAUUGUAGAUGUCAAUAAACACCCUGAUGCAGACUCGUUGUAUGUAGAACAGAUUGACUGUGGAGAAGAUAAACCUAGAACUGUUGUGUCAGGUCUUGUUAAUCAUGUGAAAAUUGAAGACAUGCGUGAUAGGAUGGUUAUGAUUCUCGCUAACCUUAAACCAGUAAAGAUGAGGGGAAUAACUUCAGAAGCUAUGGUUAUGUGUGCUUCUUCACCUGAAAAAGUUGAAAUUCUUGUCCCACCUAGUGGAGCAGUACCUGGGGACUUAGUUGAAUGUGAUGGCUACCCUCGAGAGCCAGAAGGCAUAAUGAACCCCAAGAAAAAGAUAUUCGAGACAUGUGCACCAGACCUAUUGACAAACAAUGAUAGGAUUGCAUGCUAUAAGGGCAGCCCAUUGGUUGUUCCUGGCAAGGGUCCCAUAGUGGCACCAACUUUGAAAGGUGUUAAUGUAAAAUAAGUUUAUUUAAUUACAUGUGUAGAUUUUUGUUUGUGCCUUUAUUUCAAUAAUAAAGCUAUGUAUCCGUCA